AUGUCUACUGAAAAUUGCUUGGUAAAAGCAAUAUAUUCAUUUAAAGGUAAAAAUAAUGAUGAACUAUGCUUCAAAAAAGGUGACAUUAUCACUGUCACUCAAAAAGAGGAAGGAGGUUGGUGGGAGGGAACUUUGGGGGAGACAACAGGAUGGUUUCCAAGCAACUAUGUUACAGAAUAUAAAGAUCAAUCAGGUUCAUUGACAACAUCUCCAAUACGGGCAGCGUCAGAAAUUCAGGCAUUCAGGAAUGUUGUGUUAAAAGAUAUAAUUGAUUCUGAAAAAGCCCAUGUUGCUGAAAUGCAAGGACUUGUCACUAAUUUUCUCCAACCGUUAGAACAAAGUGAUUUGUUGACAAAAGAUGAAUUUAAACAAUUGACUGGCAAUAUAUCAGAAGUAUUGCAAAUUCAUGAACAGUUCUUAGCACUUUUAGAAGACUGUGCUACAAAAACAGGACCCGAUCAAAGAGUAGGUGGGCUUUUUUUGCAAUGGGCACCCGACAUAAAGGCAGUGCAUCAAAUCUACUGCGCUGGCCAUCCCAGAGCUGUGUGUAUUCUUGAUAAAUACAAAGAGGAAUUGAACACUUGGAUGGAGAACAAUGGGGCAGUUUGUCCGGGAGUAUUAGUGCUUACUGCUGGUCUUUCGAAACCUUUCCGACGUCUGGGCAAAUACCCUGCUAUGUUGCAAGAACUAGCUAGACAUGUUCACGAAGCACAUCCUGAUAGAGGGGACACACAUAGAGCUUCCGUUGUUUAUAAAGAUAUUGCUAGUGGGUGUGCUGCUUUAAGGCGUCAGAAAGAAUUGGAGUUACAAGUUGUAACUGGUGAGGUGCGAGGUUGGCCCGGUGGUGAACUUGCUUCCUUAGGAGAUGUACUUCACAUGGGCAGUGUUGCUGUUGGGCCAUCGCAUCAAGAUAGAUAUUUAGUACUUUUUCCUUCUGCCCUACUUCUGCUGUCAGUUAGCAAAAGGGUGUCUGCAUUUGUAUAUGAGGGUUGUCUUCCAUUAACUGGUAUUUCAGUAUGUAAAUUAGAUGACACUGAAUCAAGGAAAAACGCAUUUGAAAUAAGUGGUCCGAUGAUAGACACAAUUGUAGCCGUUUGCCAAACGAAGGCCGAAGCCGACAAUUGGGUCAGUCUAUUACAAAAACACUCUAAUAUCAACAGUCCUACACAUGAAGGGAACCAACCACAAUCCUUGCCACAUCUGGCCCGCUCCCCCUCAGAAGGGGCGUUGUCUAGCAUCAACAGUAGCCGCCGCAGUCUGUAUCAUGUGACAUUACCGCCCCCUAGUUAUCCGUCUGCGUCUCCAUAUUAUUCGCUCACUAAAUACUUUGCUAAAUUAGUGAGGAAAAAAGUUAUCACACGUCAAAUGUUGCGUAAACUCUUGCACGAAAGAACUUGGGCAAAAGCGUUUGAGUUUUCGGGUAUACCAGUGAAACGAAGACAUAGAAAUCACAUCAAGUUAAAAAUUGCUACUGACGGAACCGUGGGGACGGAAACUGAGGGUUCUGAUUCAGAUGAGAGUGACUGCGAAACUGAUGUCACGGAAAAUAUCACAAAUUCCGCUAGUACUGACGCAGAAGCCAACAGUUCCAAAAUAUUGCGACAAAAUGCUAUAGACAGUAUAGGGCCGCGAACUAUCUCAUCCUCUUGUAGCAGUUGGGAUAGUAAUUUUGGUUACGUCAAGUACUUUGAUACAUCAACUGAUAUGCAGUUUAAUUUACCGCACUUAGACAUUAAAGGAGAUUGUACUAAACACAUAUUUGACUCUAAUAGAAAUUUAUUUGAUAUAGAACAUGAUAUUAAGAGCUUACAAAGGUCAUCGCGUAUUAAUAACCUGAAUAUAAAGCAACAUUCCGACAGUGCCGACAAUUCUAGUUUCGAAGCAAGGAAUUGCAUGGCAUGUGAGGACUUAGUUAAUAUGGAUCAAAACACUCAGUUUGAUAUCCUGGGCCAGGACGAUACUGAUGAUUUUAUACCGACACGACGCAGCUUUCCUAAUUACACCCUCAAGAAUGAGAACAUACCGAAACUUUGGAAAUCCACAGAGGAAAAUUAUUGUAGAGUAGAACUCGAUUAUGAUUCUAUUAUGUCAGACCUAAUCAAGGUCUUAGAUCCACCCUCACCUAAAUGUAGCCGCGAUUAUCAAGUUGAUUCGAUCAUUAUUGAUCCGCCACCCAUGUUCCGAAACGAAGAAGACGACGUCAAAAUUAUCAACGUCAGUCUGAACGCUGAUAUUCCCUUCCGAAAGCAUUCGAUCAAUUCUGAUAAAAAACUCAGAAGAUCCAUAUCGAGAUCUAUGGUUGAAAUUGAAAAGAAAAGCAACGAAGCACAUUUGCAACGAAUAAGUUCACAAUCUGAAAGUCAAAAGAGUCGGAAAAAAUGCGAAUGUUGCAACCGAUCGUUCUGUCCUAGUCCUAGAUCAUCAGAUUCCGGAGUCGCUGGAAGCUGCAAUCUGGCAUCUCCCGAGUUAAAUAUGCACGAGUAUAGCGGCUCUAGUAACACGGGCAAUGAGUCUGAUUGUCAGGAGAAACAAUCCGUCGGAUCUAUGAAAAACUUUUCCCAAAACGUCCUAGAUAACCGAAAAUUAUCGUUAUCCGACAUAGAAGCAGCCACUUUUGAAGAUCAAUGUAGAUGCACUUCGCCAUUCGGUUCUACUGCUAGGACCUCCUGUGUCACUAGUGUCACGUCUGAAAAUAGCCUCGAUGUCAAAGAUAUAUCUAAUACGAUCGUUUCACCUACCUUCGUCGCGAGUCCCCCAUUACCUUCUCCAAACAUAAAACGCACCUCGAUUAGGAGGAAUAUAGAGCGGUAUAUUCCAGAAAUACAAUUGAAACCGGAAGUGCCUCCUCGUAUUUAUCGUAAACCGAGCACCCACUUGGAGGUUCCAAAGAACGUUAGACAACAAUUUCCAUGCCAGUGGAGUACUCUAAAUAUAACCGAGCGUAGCAAACCCAGUUUGCACUACCACAUGCGAAUAUAUAGAGAAAAUUCGAAUGAAAACGGAAGGCCAUCACGAAAAGACAUUUAUCGUAACCGCGAUGCUUUCGCUAAAGAUAAAAGAGAUUCAUCGUUAGAUGUGUCAACAAACAUACAAAAAAUGCGAUCUCGAAGUGAAGAUCUAUUAAAAAAGAAGGACGCACCUGGGGCUGACUCAGGAUUCGUGGUGUAUCGUUCAGAUCUAUACGCUCAUUGGUGGAUGAAAGCCAAAUUACCCAUUACCGUGAUGGCCAUGAGCGACAGCAGUAAUGAUUUAUCAUCCGGUCUUACAAACCAUAAAAGAUCACAUUCAUUUAACAAUCAUCAAAGCUAUACGCAGCACACACAACAGACAACGAAGAGCAAACAAAAAAAUCAAUCGGCGCGAUGGCUACUUAACUCGUGCGACUCGCUUGAUCAAUCACCCGCUAAAUCUAAAGUGCCUAUCGGAAAGAAAUUCUCCUCCGUGGACUUCAUAGAUACGACUGGAUCUAGUUACAGCAGUAAAGGUUGGAGUGUAACGUGUUUACGUCCUGCGCCUCCACUGCGUCCUCAAUCGUUCACAGUGGGCUCCGAUGAGAACAUUGGCCCUACCCAUCCCUACGCGCCACACCAGAGGAAGUCAAACUCCUACGAAGAAGACGCGCUCAUUCUCAAGGUCAUCGAGGCCUAUUGCACUUCCGCUCGUUGUAGAAACGCUGUCAGCUCCGUGGACUGCGGCCACUUUCCUCUCGGUAAAGUACAGUAUCACGCACACGCCACUAACAAACCUCAUAACUAUUAUACUAAAUAUCCCGUCGGUGCGAGGAGCGAAACGCCGGAAUACGCCGGCUGCUCUAAGGUGUCGAAAGUAAAGCGCAACAAGAGCUCCUCGGCGGCCGAUACUUAUUUGUAUCGAGCGCCCGAGACGAGGAGAUUGCUCGCCGAGCGGAAGUUCCAGUUGAACCGGUCGAAUCCCAAUCUGUGGGAUUGUUCCGAGGACCGGAACAGGCUGAGGCAUGGCCACGAACGGCGCAGCGGGUCCCACCCGAGCCUGGCUCCGCCGUUGCGCGCCUCCGUCGUACCCGCACCGCUGCCCACCUCGCGCUCGGCUCGUUCCUCCACUUGGUGCUGCGGCACGUUCGUCAAGCAACUCACUAAAUCGCACCACUUCGACUGA